AUGAAGAAUUCAAUAGGCCAAAGAAAUAUUAUACAAAAUUACGCCUUAGAUACUAGUUUCUAUCGUGUGAAAUAAAACCAAUCAAUACUAACCACCCGCCACUCCAAAUUGCCUUCAUUCAAUAAUCCCAUUCCAAUUUCAACUCCAACAUCUCCUAAGGACUAACAAAACAUGUGGAAGACAAACCUUUGUUUUCAAAAUGACAACUCCUUCAGUCACAAUCGAAAAAGACAAGAAGAUCCCUCCAAUUAAAAGAAGAGUGCUAGUCCUCAAUUAAGAUAACUUCCUAGAAAAUCAUAUCAUUUUUAGUUAGAUUAAUAACCGAAGCUUUUCUAAGCACCCAAAUCCUCAGAAAGACGCAGCUUUAGAAACUCCAUCUAUUCUAGACCUAAUUCACGACUUAUAGAAGACCAGUAUACUUUGAAAGUGGCAACGACGAAUAAUGAAUUAGGAAGGGGCAAUUUUAAAUUUCAUUAUGUCCUGGGAAAAGGUGGAUUUGGAAAGGUUUGGAGAGUUGAGAUGAUCAAAACACGUAAACUAUUCGCUAUCAAAGAGAUGACUAAAAGGGUUUUGGCCAAAAAAUCUGUCAAUUCAGUUAUGAAUGAACGUAUUCUUCUCUCGCAACUCAAACAUCCAUUUAUAGCCAAUAUUCAUUACUCCUUUUAAGAUAGAGAUAAUUUGUAUCUUGUCCUGGAUUUGUUAACAGGGGGUGAUCUCAGAUAUCAUAUUGGAAAAAUGCGUAGGUUUUCAGAAUAACAUACUAAGUUCUUGAUUGCAAGUAUGCUAUUAGCUUUGGAGUAUCUACAUAAAAGUGGAAUUAUUCAUAGAGAUAUCAAACCUGAGAAUAUUGUACUUGACAAGAAAGGAUAUCCAAGAUUAACAGACUUUGGCAUUGCUCGUAUGGUUAAACCAGAAAAUUCUUAAGAAACCAGUGGUACUCCUGGUUACAUGGGUAUUGAUGUUAUUUUUAUGUAAUCAGCUCCAGAAGUUAUGUUUAGAUUAAAUCACAGUUUUGGAGUUGAUCAUUUUGCAUUAGGAGUCAUGGCUUAUGAAUUUAUGAUGGGUUAACGACCAUACUUAGGCAAAACUCGUAAAGACAUUAGAGAUGCAAUUAUUAUCAAGUAGAUAUCGCUCAAGAAACAAGACAUUCCUCCUGAUUGGUCCUCGGAGGCAGCUGACUUUGUUAAUCAAUUGUUACAAAGAAAACCUUAAGCUCGUUUAGGAUAUGGUGGCACUGAAGAAAUAUAAAAUCAUCCAUGGUUCUCAGGGUUCCCAUGGAAAGGGUUGCAUGAGAAAUAGUUGACAUCCCCAUUCAAAAUAAUGAAAUCUUCAGAUGAAGGCCAUAUUCGGGAGAUUUCCUCUGAUCAUGAUUCGUAAGAUGAAUUGAUACAGAAAAAUAUAUUAUUACUCAGAUAGGAGACCAUUUAAAAUCGAUUUGAAAAUUAUACAUACUCAAAGGAACAGCAUCUAACAAUCAAGAGAUUUUGA